GUUUCUCUUGCCUCUUCUUCUUCCUCCUCCCCUCAGGAGCUUCUUGGCCACCGCCUCCUGCUUCUCCUGCUUUUCCUCAGCAGCAGCUCCUUCUCCUCCUCUCCUCUCUUUCUUCCCCAGUCAGGAUGGUGGACCUGGAGAGCGAGGUGCCUCCCCUGCCUCCCCGCUACCGCUUCAGGGACCUCCUGCUGGGCGACCAGGGCUGGCAGAACGACGACAGGGUACAAGUUGAAUUUUACAUGAAUGAAAAUACAUUUAAAGAGAGGCUAAAGCUAUUUUUCAUCAAAAACCAAAGAUCAAGCCUUAGAAUACGCUUGUUCAAUUUUUCACUCAAGCUGCUAAGUUGUUUGCUGUAUAUAAUCCGAGUGCUCCUGGAUGAUCCAUCUCAGCAACAUGGAUGCAAGGAAUUAAUCCGGGAAUGUUCCAGUCAAAACAACACUACUUCAAAGAUAGAUUGGUCGCCUAUUAUUUGGGUAAAUAGAAGCUUACCUUUAUGGGGACUACAGGUGUCAGUGGCAUCGAUAAGUUUGUUGGAAACUACGCUCCUGAGUUAUCUCAGUUAUAAAGGAAACAUAUGGGAACAAGUCGUGCGGAUUCCUUUCCUACUGGAAAUUAUCAAUGCUAUUCCUUUCAUCAUUACAAUUUUCUGGCCUACCUUAAGAAAUUUAUUUAUUCCAGUAUUUUUAAAUUGCUGGCUUGCCAAACAUGCUUUGGAGAAUAUGAUUAAUGAUCUCCAUAGAGCAAUCCAACGUACACAGUCUGCGAUGUUUAACCAAGUUCUGAUUUUAAUAUCUACAUUGUUGUGUCUGAUCUUUACAUGUAUUUGUGGAAUUCAACAUCUGGAGCGAGCAGGAAACAAGCUGACUCUCUUUGACUCCCUUUAUUUCUGCAUAGUGACAUUUUCAACUGUGGGCUUUGGAGAUGUUACUCCCAAGAUCUGGCCUUCAAAACUGCUGGUUGUCAUUAUGAUCUGUGUUGCCCUUGUAGUGUUGCCAAUACAGUUUGAACAGCUGGCUUAUUUGUGGAUGGAAAGACAAAAAUCAGGUGGAAAUUAUAGCCGACACAGAGCUCAGACAGAAAAGCAUGUGGUAUUGUGUGUCAGUUCUCUUAAGAUUGACCUGCUCAUGGAUUUCCUAAAUGAAUUCUAUGCUCAUCCUAGGCUUCAGGACUACUAUGUGGUUAUCUUGUGCCCCACUGAGAUGGAUGUUCAAGUUAGAAGAGUGCUACAAAUCCCAAUGUGGUCUCAAAGAGUUAUCUAUCUCCAGGGUUCAGCACUAAAGGAUCAAGACCUGCUAAGAGCUAAGAUGGAUGAUGCAGAGGCUUGUUUCAUUUUAAGUAGCCGCUGUGAAGUGGACAGACCUGCAGCUGACCAUCAAACCAUUUUAAGAGCUUGGGCAGUUAAAGAUUUUGCACCUAAUUGUCCUCUGUAUGUUCAGAUACUGAAGCCUGAAAAUAAGUUCCACAUCAAAUUUGCAGAUCAUGUUGUAUGUGAGGAGGAAUUCAAAUAUGCAAUGCUAGCAUUAAACUGUAUUUGUCCAGCUACAUCUACACUUAUUACUUUGUUAGUUCAUACCUCAAGAGGACAAGAGGGUCAGCAGUCACCAGAACAAUGGCAGAAAAUGUACGGCAGAUGCUCUGGUAAUGAAGUCUAUCACAUUAACCUGGAGGAGAGUGUGUUUUUUGCUGAAUAUGAGGGAAAGAGUUUCACAUAUGCAUCUUUCCAUGCACACAAAAAGUUCGGUGUCUGUUUAAUUGGUGUUAGGAGGGAAGACAACAAAAACAUUUUACUGAACCCAGGUCCUCGUUAUAUUAUGAGCUCCUCAGACAUAUGUUUUUAUAUCAACAUCACAAAAGAAGAAAAUUCAGCUUUCAAAAAGCAAGAACAGCACCGGAAAAACCACUUAUCCAAGUCCUUUUAUCAUGGACCCUCUCGGUUGCCAGUGCACAGCAUAAUUGCUAGUAUGGGGACGGUAGCUAUAGAUUUGCAAGAUACAGGCUGCAGAUCUCCAAGCGCAGCUACCCUAACCCUUCCUUCAGAGGCAGGCAAAGCUGGCAGAAGGCCAAGCAUUGCACCCGUAUUGGAGGUUGCUGACUCUUCAGCUCUUCAUACCUGUGACCUCUUAAGUGACCAGUCAGAAGAUGAAACAACUCCCUCAGAUGAAGACGUUUCAAAUGGCUUAGAGUACCUGAAAGGCUACCCCCCUUACUCCCCUUAUAUAGGAAGUUCUCCCACAUUCUGCCAUUUGCUUCAUGAAAAAGUGCCAUUCUGCUGUCUAAGAUUAGAUAAGGGAUGCCAGCAUAAUUACUAUGAAGAUGCCAAAGCUUAUGGAUUCAAAAACAAAAUCAUUAUUGUUGCUGCAGAGACUGCUGGGAAUGGACUCUACAACUUUAUUGUUCCUCUCAGGGCUUAUUAUAGACCGAAGAAAGAGCUCAAUCCCAUAGUAUUGCUACUGGAUAAUCCGCCAGAUAUGCAUUUUCUGGAUGCAAUAUGUUGGUUUCCAAUGGUUUACUACAUGGUGGGCUCUAUUGACAACCUAGAUGAUUUGCUCAGAUGUGGUGUGACUUUUGCUGCCAACAUGGUUGUGGUGGAUAAAGAAAGUACUAUGAGUGCCGAAGAAGACUACAUGGCAGAUGCUAAGACUAUUGUAAAUGUACAAACCCUCUUCAGGUUGUUCUCAAGUCUAAGCAUAAUCACUGAAUUAACUCACCCAGCCAACAUGAGAUUCAUGCAAUUCAGGGCCAAAGACUGCUAUUCUCUCGCUCUGUCAAAAUUGGAGAAGAAAGAACGAGAGAAGGGCUCCAAUCUGGCAUUCAUGUUCCGACUGCCCUUUGCAGCUGGCAGAGUUUUCAGUAUCAGCAUGCUGGAUACCCUGCUGUACCAGUCGUUUGUUAAGGAUUAUAUGAUCUCCAUCACAAGACUUCUGCUGGGACUAGAUACCACACCAGGAUCUGGGUUUCUCUGUUCUAUGAAAAUCACAGAAGAUGAUUUGUGGAUCAGAACAUAUGCCAGACUUUAUCAGAAGCUUUGCUCGUCUACAGGAGACAUUCCGAUUGGAAUUUAUAGAACUGAAUCACAGAAACUUACAACAUCUGAGUCUCGAGAAAUGGCUUCACAAUCUCAAAUUUCUAUCAGUGUGGAGGAAUGGGAGGACACUAAGGAAAGUAAAGAACAUUUUAAUUACCGUAGCAACCAUCGCAAUUCAACAUCCAGUGACCAGUCAGACCAUCCUUUGCUAAGACGAAAAAGUAUGCAGUGGGCUCGACGGCUGAGCCGGAAAGUGCCAAAGCACUCAGCGAAAACAGCAGAAAAAAUAAGUCAGCAGAGAAUGAAUUUAUACAGAAGGUCAGAAAGGCAAGAACUUGCUGAAUUGGUGAAAAACAGAAUGAAACACCUUGGACUUUCAACAACAGGUUAUGACGAAAUGAAUGAUCAUCACAACACCCUUUCAUACAUCCUGAUCAAUCCUUCUCCAGACACACGACUUGAACUGAAUGAUGUUGUAUACUUGAUCCGGCCAGAUCCACUGUCAUAUGUUCCAAACAGUGCAACCAGCCGGAAAAACAGCUUCUGCAAUGCCAUUGGACAGGACACCAGGGAAGAAACACAGCUUUGAUGCAUCACGUAGAUCAUCCAUGAAAAGACAAUUUUAUACCAAUAGCUGUUUUGAAAUUUUGUGAAAAUAAGAUCAUGAAUUUAUUAUGUCUGGAACUUUUAUGAGAACUGACAUAAUGGGCAUCAUGGCAUCAUGGUCAAUUGGUUCACUGGAAUUACUGGAAUUAAUGCAGAAAGUUUCUAAUUUUUCAUCAUGGGGGUGCAAUUAAUCAAAAUGCAGUGGAAUUUAAGCACGUAUGCUCAUAUUAUUGUUCAAUAAAAGAAGGAAGUGCAUUAUGAUUUUGUCAAAGAGACACUAAGCCUUUUCUCUCCUGAUUUCAGCCAGCCACUGUGGGGCAGUGACUAAUUCUUAACCACACUACAUAGCUGUUAUUGUUAUUUCUGUAUCCAUGAAAUGAAACAUCCAUGAACUUCUUAUUGUUGCUGGUAAAGUCAAAGAAAAGUUCAGGCUAAAGCAACAAAUAUCACUCUUGACUAAUAGUAGUCUGAUGUGUAUUUUAAUUUGCUUCUUAGUUCACUGCAUUUUAUAUCACACAAAUAGGUUUCUCAACAAAUAUAAAAUCUUGGCUAUUUCAUAUCCAUUAUUUGUUCAGUUUUGUAGCCCCCAUAUAGAAAAGUUCAGCACAAAUAUCAGAAACAGAGGCAGAAGAGCAGUAAAUAGAUUUUAGUCCUAAAUGCAUGGUCUAAAGGAUACUGAAGUGAGAAUGAAUUCAGUAUUAUUGCUUGUUUGGAAACCUGUACAUUAAAACAGCACAUUUAUCAGAGGUUUGUUUGUUGUCAAUCCAUUGAGGAGGAUAAGCUAGGAAGCCUUCAUAGCAGUUAAUCACAAAUUCACAAAUUUUGAAAAAUGAAGUAGUGGUAGACGGUGAAAUGUUCAUUAUGGAGUGGAACUAAGUCUGAAAGUGUCUAUGAAGCAAUGAACUUGUUGAAAUUAUUGUGAUCUUACAACUACACUAGAUGGCAGGUCACUAGGAGCACUAUGCAAGAAUAAGAAAUACAAAUAAUAAGUAUCUUAUUAUUGGAGUGCAUAGUAUGGCUGCAAACAUAGCCCAUUGUAUACCCAGGUAAUAUAUAGUUAAAGCUCCACAGGCUUGUAAUCUGCCUCGUGAGACUUAUGGACUAGCACAUUCUGGCCUGUGCUACCACUGUAUGGUGGUGCAUCAAUGGGCAAAUCAUUCCUAGGGAAAGGGAAGAACAUUUCUGCUGGGACAAAAGCCUCUAAGAUCUAAAAUAAUCCAGAGAGUUUGGGUUGACUACACUAACGGUAAAACUGUAAUAACUACAGUAUUGCUCAGGCUGUACUCUGAAGAGCAUGUAAUUUGAUGAUUCAUCCAGCCUUAACUCUACAUAGACACAGAACCCAAAACAGAAGGCAGUUGUGAUGCUGGUUUUGAGAGAGUAAACAUGUACUAUUACUUAAUGCGUAGAAGCUUUCUUUAUGUGGCUGAGAUAUAUGCCACACUUGUUGAAGGCCUUAAAUAAACCCAUGAGUCUUUGUAAUUCCUCUUUGCAGGCUUUAUGAGGACAAAGUUGGAUUGCAUCACACUGCCCUGCUAAUAUGAGGUAGGAGUCAUAGCAUUUAAGAUUUUCACCAAAGGAUUUCUAGUGAAAUAGGAAUGAAUACGCACACACACAUAUAUAACUAAAGUAGCAGGACUGAACACACAAAACAUUGUCCAGAUAGGCCAAAUGGAGUAGGUUAGGGGCAAUGCUGACUGUUGCUUGAAUUCUUUCUUAGCAUUACAUGUACAGCUUACAUUUUCUGUAUUAUUUUAAAGAGCUGCUAUUAGUUUGUGUGUACUAAUAAAAUGAUGCCAAAACUGCUCAGCAAAACUACCCAUGCAUGUGACAGUAGCCUACUGCAUACAACAGCAUUUUAAAUGGUUGUAAUAUUUGUUGCAAGGAACCAGCUAUUGUUCCAGUCAUAUACACUAACAAUUUGUUUAUUUCUCUAUCUUCCAUGCAUCAACUAUGUGAAUAAAAGCGAUUUUCUUAUGCAGUCUGUUCCUUCCACAUUUGCAGUGUGAAACAACAGCAAACACUUUUGCACUUCUGUCCAUAAGCAAGUGUUUGGUGAUGCCAGAGAGUUGAAAGAGAUAUUUUGCAUAAUUUGGAAAUGUAUGUAAAGCAAUGUUUUUGUAUAUCCACCUUUCUACUAGCUCUAUUCACUUGUAUGGAAAGCAUAUACCAAGGACCUCAAAGACUGUAUGAAUCAUUCUGUGAGCCAAAGAGGCUCUGGGCUUGGUUUCCGUCCUCCCACCACAUCAUGAGAUUUUCAAAAGUGGACUGUCAUAGAUAUCAUGAUAUAUAAUGGAAAGAAAACAAAUUCCAAAAAUAGUUUAAACAAGCAGUGUUUAAACACACAACCCAAACUGGGCAUGCCCAAGGUUUUCUGUGCAUAUCU